GCAAUUAAUCGACCGGCAUGCGGUCGCGAGCCGCGCCCAUGUACGAGCCGGCGGUGCGGACGGGCCAUCUCCCGAGCCGGCGCGUCUUCCACGGAUCCCGCGACGUCAUCCUGGACCCGACGCGGUCCAUCGAGCUCCUCUCGCUCGGCAGCGCUGGUACUGGCGAGAUCAACCAAGUCGAGUUCCUCUACCUGCCGUCCGGUGAGAUCCUCGCGCAGACGCCGACCAAGCCAUCGUCAUCGCCGCCGCCAAUGGCCGCAUCAACGGCCACAUCACAUGUGCCCAUGCUGCUCGAGUCGGUCGACCGGUAUGACCAGGCGCGGUCGCCGUCGUCGUCGUAUGCGUCGACGCUGCGGCCACAGCAGCUCUCGCCUCGGUCGGCGAGCGCCAAGUCGUACAGCAGCCGAGCCUCGCAUCUCAAGACGCCGUACCAGCAGCGCAUUCUCGAGCUUGAGACGCUCCUCGAGCACGAGAAGAAGCGGUCGCUGCAGAAGAUGCGCCAACUCCUUGACGAGCAGGACAAGACACGCGAGCUCGAGAGCCAGGUCAGCGCGCUACAGAACCGAUGCCACGUGCUCGAAGGGGCGCUGGAGCGGCAGGACGCGCACGCGCGCGAGCUCCAAGAGGCCAACGAGACGUACGGAGCCCGGAUGGCGUCGCUUCUCGCAGACCAUGGUCGCCAGACGAGCCAGAUGGAAGCGCUUCAACACCAAAUCCAAACGCUCGCGGCGACGUCGCAAGCAGCAGCACCCGCGUUAGAGUUGCCCGCCGUCACGGCGCCACCGCCUCCACGACGCCUUACGGACCAAGCGAGCCAAACCGAGCCCGAGACGCCACCCAACUCGGAGCAACCACCGUCCUCCUCGCAUCAUCUUGCUCUCCUCGAAGCCAUCGGCGCGUGGAAGCAAUCACUGGACGAGUGGUGCGCGCAGCCGCCCUCCCCGCUCAAGGUCCGCCUCGAGGAUUUACUGCAGGACUUUCCGUCACUCUUGCUGCCAGCAUCAUCGUUGUCGAUAGCACCGGUCCCGUUCGAGGCGUCGGCGGUGUUGAAGCGGCAGCUGCAGCUCAUGGAGCGCGAGUGGCGACAGACGCACGCCAAGUACGUCGAGCUCAAGGAGCUCUGUGCGCGGCAGUGCGUCCGCGAAGCCGACUUGCAAAACUUUGUCAACGAGCACCGACUGCGCGGCAACUGCUCGCUCCAAGCCCCAUCCACCGCCGCCGCGUCGACGUUUGACGACACGCUCCAUGGCGACCAAGGUCGCAUGAAGGUCGUCAUCACACACAAAGCCGAAUCGGCCGUGCACGCCAAGCUCGACGCACUGCGCGUGAGGAAGGAGCAAGUGACGGUGCUGCCGUCCGCGCGCUUGGCCAAGAAGCACGAACGCAUAUCGACCCCAAAGGCGCUCAAGAAACCAAAGAAACAGCACCGUACCGAGAAGGCGCCGUCGACGGCCGGCCGCACGCCGUUGAGCCGACCGUGGGUUUGCUAAUAAGACGGUAGUACGAGGCCUGUGACGACCCGAUUUGUGUGUUGCGUUUUGGCGGACGACGCCAUCUUAACCCUCAAAGGUCU